GUCCACUACGCCUGCGCGAGCCGGAGCGUCCCGGAAGCAGUUCUUUGGCCCUGUGACACGUAGCAACCGGGGCAGUUCAGGGUCUGAAAGUGAGUCUGGGGGGCAUCUGAGGGGCUGCUGGAGCUCCUGCCGCCGCCGCCGCCGCCGCCUCCGCAUUUCACCGGUUGCAAUGUCAGGUUUCGAUAAUUUAAACACGGAUUUCUACCAGACCAGUUACAGCAUCGACGACCAGUCACAGCAAUCCUAUGAUUAUGGAGGAGCCUAUAGCAAGCAGUAUGCUGGCUAUGACUACUCACAGCAAGGCCAGUUCGUCCCUCCAGACAUGAUGCACUCACAGCAGCCGUACCGUGGGCAGAUUCUCCAGCCAUCUCAGUACACUCCAAGUACUCCUCAGCCGUUUUAUGGAAACAACUUUGAGGAUGAGCCACCUUUAUUAGAAGAAUUAGGUAUAAAUUUUGAUCACAUCUGGCAAAAAACAUUAACAGUAUUACAUCCCUUGAAAGUAGCAGAUGGCAGCAUCAUGAAUGAAACUGAUUUGGCAGGACCAAUGGUGUUUUGCCUUGCUUUUGGAGCCACGUUAUUACUGGCUGGCAAAAUCCAGUUUGGCUAUGUAUAUGGGAUCAGUGCAAUUGGAUGUCUAGGAAUGUUUUGUUUAUUAAAUUUGAUGAGCAUGACAGGUGUUUCGUUUGGCUGUGUGGCAAGUGUCCUUGGAUAUUGUCUCCUUCCAAUGAUCCUACUUUCCAGCUUUGCGGUGAUAUUUUCUUUGCAAGGCAUGGCUGGAAUCAUUCUCACUGCUGCAAUUAUUGGAUGGUGUAGUUUUUCUGCUUCUAAAAUUUUUAUUUCUGCGUUAGCCAUGGAAGGACAGCAACUUCUAGUAGCAUAUCCUUGUGCUUUGUUAUAUGGAGUCUUUGCCCUCAUUUCCGUCUUUUGAACUGAAUUUAUCUGGAAUGUGGACAUCAUCGGGCCAAAUACACAUGAAGAACUUUGAACUCUUAAAUCGGACCAGCAAACUGCUGUGGCACAACUCUCACACAGUUCUAACCUUUGCCUAUUGGAGCAGUGGAAGUAAAUGUUGUAUCACUCUGUUCAUUUUUACAGAACUUUUGAAUACUAUAUUGGAUUGAUCUGCAGUGUGACUUGCUUUAAAUGUUUGUGCUUAUUCAAAUAAGGAGUGCUAUCUCUUUCCUUUAACCUUUGAAAAACAUUUUUCCUUAUAAAUUACAUUAUGAUGUUUAUAGAUAGAUUUUUAUCAACUGUGGGAGUUGAACCGCAGAACUGAUAAUCUUUCUGAAAAACAGCCCAGGCAUAGUAAAGAAAACACAGACUUACUGCAGAAAUAUUUUUCCAAGUAAUAAGGAAGGAAAAAUUGCCUGUAUCUCAAGUCACAUAUACUUGAAGCAAAAAAUAAAUAAAUAAAAGUGAUUUCGA